CGGGUUGGCUGACUGGCGGGCGGGCGAGCGGCUGCCUGGCUUUGGCAAAGGCCUGCCGCUCGAAGUGCCGCACACCGUCCGCUGGGCCCGCUGUGAGGAGGGGACGGGAGCGGCGGCGCCAGCUCCGCCAUGGUGAAGAAGCGGAAAGGCCGGGUCCUCAUUGACUCAGACACCGAGGACAGCGGCAGCGAGGAGAACCUGGACCAGGAGCUCCUGUCAUUGGCCAAGCGGAAACGUGGUGAUUCUGAAGAAAAGGAAGCACCUGCUAGUAAGCCUACAGCAUCUUCAGAUUCUGAGACUUCAGAUAGUGAUAUUGAGUGGACAGUAGGAGGUUCUAAAAACAAAAAGAAAGGAAAAGCUGCAAAAGUAGAGAAGAAGGGAACCAUGAAGAAACAGAUGAACAAAGCAGCUUCAUCAGGCAGCUCUGAUAAAGAUACCUCUGCAGAGAGUUCAGCACCAGAAGAAGGAGAAGUAUCUGACUCUGAAAGCAAUGGUUCUUGCAGUAGCUCAGACUCUGAAACUUCAUCUGAAGAUGAGUUUACUGAUGGCUAUGGGGAGGAUUUUAUGGGUGAUGAAGAAGAUAGAGCUCGCCUAGAACAGAUGACAGAAAAGGAAAGAGAACAGGAAUUGUUUAAUCGGAUAGAGAAGAGAGAAGUUUUGAAGAAAAGGUUUGAAAUAAAGAAAAAAUUAAAGACAGCAAAAAAGAAAGAAAAGAAAGAGAAAAAGAAAAGGAAAAAGCAGGAAGAAGAACAGGAAAAGAAAAAGCUCACACAGAUCCAAGAAUCCCAGGUGAUGUCACAUAAUAAAGAGAGACGGUCAAAACGGGAUGAAAAAUUGGAUAAGAAAUCCCAAGCCAUGGAAGAACUAAAAGCAGAAAGGGAGAAAAGGAAAAAUAGAACAGCUGAGUUACUUGCAAAGAAGCAACCAUUAAAAACAAGUGAAGUAUAUUCAGAUGAUGAAGAAGAGGAAGAAGAUGAUAAAUCUAGUGAGAAAACUGAUCAUUCAUCCAGAUCUUCAUCUUCUGAUGAAGAAGAAGAGAAAGAAGAAAUUCCUCCUAAAUCACAACCAGUGUCUCUACCUGAAGAACUGAAUCGGGUUCGAUUAUCACGACACAAACUGGAGCGAUGGUGUCACAUGCCUUUCUUUGCCAAAACAGUCACUGGUUGCUUUGUACGCAUUGGAAUAGGAAACCACAACAGCAAACCAGUUUACAGAGUGGCAGAAAUAACUGGUGUCGUAGAAACAGCAAAAGUAUAUCAGCUUGGAGCUACCAGGACAAACAAAGGGUUGCAGUUAAGGCAUGGUAAUGACCAACGUGUGUUCCGUUUAGAGUUCGUCUCCAAUCAGGAAUUCACAGAGAGUGAGUUCAUGAAGUGGAAGGAAGCCAUGUUUUCUGCUGGGAUGCAGUUACCUACCCUUGACGAAAUAAACAAGAAAGAAGUGUCCAUCAAAGAAGCCCUCAACUAUAAAUUCAAUGACCAGGACAUUGAGGAGAUAGUAAAGGAGAAGGAGAGAUUCCGAAAAGCACCACCAAACUAUGCCAUGAAGAAAACUCAGCUACUAAAAGAAAAGGCCAUGGCAGAAGACAUGGGAGAUCAGGACAGAGCAAAACAAAUUCAAGACCAGCUUAAUGAGUUAGAAGAAAGAGCAGAAGCCUUAGAUCGUCAGAGAACAAAAAACAUUUCAGCCAUCAGUUAUAUCAACCAGAGAAAUAGAGAAUGGAAUAUUGUGGAAUCUGAAAAAGCUUUAGUGGCUGAAAGCCACAGUAUGAAAAACCAGCAAAUGGACCCUUUUACUAGACGGCAAUGUAAACCUACAAUAGUCUCAAAUUCUAGGGAUCCUGCUGUACAGGCUGCUAUCCUUGCUCAACUAAAUGCAAAAUAUGGAUCUGGUGUGUUACCUGAUGCUCCAAAGGACAUGACCAAGAGCCAAGGUAAAGACAAAGAUACAAAUUCAAAAUCAGCCAGUGAUCUCUCAGAGGAUCUAUUCAAAGUGCACGAUUUUGAUGUGAAAAUUGACCUUCAGGUUCCUAGUUCAGAGUCCAAAACACUGGCCAUCACUUCCAAGGCUCCCCCUGCGAAAGAUGGUGCCCCUCGGCGAUCACUGAACCUAGAGGACUACAAGAAAAGGCGGGGGCUGAUCUGAGCAUUCCCACUCUGUGCUGCUUCUGAUCCUGCAUGCUACAUGAUCUCCUCUACGCCCAUUAUUUUCUUCCCUUCUCCUUCAGUUGACCCUUUCGGGUUGGAGCAGCAGCUACAGAGCUAGGAAGAGACUCUUCAACAUUGCCAGCCAUCUGUAAUAUAAAUCACUGACUUUUUGCCGUAUAGACUUCCCUUAUUGCUCUUUCUCCUGCGAUACACAAAUACGGAUCCAUGCUAUUUUUAGGGAGGGGAAGGAUUUUUAUUUUUUCCCUUUUGGAAGUACAGCCGUUUGGAAUUGGCCGUACUUAUUCAGUGUUAACUUGGAAUCUGGAUUUCUGCAGGAAUCUGUCGGUGGCCGAGCAGUGUUAGCACUUUGCUUUUCCACCGUCCCAGGCAAGGAGAAUUUACCCGCAAGUGGCACAAGAACUCUUGUGAAAGUUGCCUGCACUUUUCCCUCCUCUUCGUUCCCUUUGCUCCUAGCUUUGGAGAGGGACACAUUUACAAACAGGUUUCGGGUGAAAGUGUACAUUUUUGUGGGGGUGGGGUGGGCUGUGUGAACCUUUUUUCCAGAUGUUUUUUUUUAUCAUUUUUAACCUGCAGUAAAUUUGUAUUUGUCACAGUUCUUUAAAGAUGUCUGGAAUUUCUAUCAGCUACACUUGAGCAUCUGACACAGUGGGGGGCAAUUUAGUAAGUGUGAUUUUUUUAAAAAAAACAAACAAACAGAAAAGGCCUGGCUAACAAUAGUUGUGCAAGUUCACACUGGGUUUUUUCUUUUUCUUUUAUAAAAAUGCCUUCUGUCUCUCCCUUCCAUAUCUGGCUUUAUAAUACAGUAAUAUA